CCAGUUGCACUCAAGACCUCACGACGGUCGGACGAUGCGGGUUACAUUAAGCCAUUUUGCGCUGCUGUUAGCAGUGGCGGGCCAUGCAGCCGGUGCAGGGUACGGCUGUAAACCCCAGAUACACUACGAAACAUUCUUUAAGACUAUUUAUAAUGAGGUGCCCGUCCUGAAGACGGUGGCGAGCCAGCACUUGGUCCCCAAGGUGUUCACCGAAGUCAUCUACGACACAGUGUACAGGGCGAGGACCUUGUACCAGACUUCCACUCAGUACAUCACUACUACUGAGUACCUCACACGGGUGAUCCACGACCGCGAGACGAAGACGGUGGCCGACUACGUGUACCUCCCCGACGUCCAGACGACAGUGAAGAACCUCGUGCAGGAGCAGGUGGCUGUGAUCACCACCACGCUGUACACGACGGAGUACACGCCCGCGCGCCUGUACUCGACGCGCUUCGCCACGUACACCACGACGGUGACGCACCCCGUCACUCUGACGCACAAGAGCCAGGUGCUGGUGCCGCGGCGGGAGCACGUCACCAGCACCUUCGCCAAGCACUACCCGGUCACCGUGACGUACACGGUGCCAGCGCCACCGCCCUCGGGCUACGGGGCGGGCGGGGGCUACGAGGACAACCUGGUGAUUCAGACCAACGCCGUGGUCAAGAUCAAGCCCUCUUACGUCACCACGUACGUCCAGAAGACGCUCUACCUCACCAACACCAACGUGGAAAGAAUCCCCGUCUACGUCACCAAGACGGUCGGCUGCGGGGGAGGCGGCGGAGGACACGACCUCGCUGCCUACGGGUCCUCGUCGCAGGCCCUUCACGUCGCCGUAGGAGGAGAGGCGGGAGGGGCUCUGGGAGGAGGCGGGGCAGGCGCGGGGGGAGUGGUGCCGCUCUCGGGCCAGCUGGUGGGCGAGGACUUCCUGCCCGGCUCGGGAGCGGGCCAGAUCCACCUGCAGCCCGGCUUCAGCGCCGCCGCGGAGGACUCCUACGCCUUCCUCUGAGGGGGCGGCCGAAGGGCAGUCCGCCUCGAUAAGCAGGCACAUGCUACGUACUGUGGGGACAUGCGUGAUGCUAUUAACACGAGAGAGAGAGAAAAAAAGUGAGAGAGCGAAAUAGAUAGAUACAUACAUAUCUAAUACAUAUAGAUAGAGAUAGACGAAUGUGUGUAUAUAUGUA